AUGAGCAGUGACGGAAAUCGUAGUGAAUCAGCACCUGUACGUAGCGCGUCACGGAGUCGAAGCGGUACACCGAUGGCCUCAGGUAAGAGUAAUGGCCACGCUCGAUCUCCCUCGGGCUCUCGACCCCGUUCAUCGUCUCACCAUUCACUAUCUCAAUCACCAGUUCGUGAACGUUCAGCUGCUUCACGAUCCUCCGGUGGACAUGAAGCGUCCAGAUCUCCUUCACGUGCUCGUUCAAGGUCACACGACGAUCGACGUGUUCGCCGCUCACGCUCACCUGAGGAACGAAAACGAUACCGAUCACGCAGUCGUGAUUCACGUUACCGUCGACGAAGCGCUCAGAGUGGAACAUCACAGUUUCAAGCUCAGAGUUGGCUGUCAAAUUCAAAUCAAUACAGUUCAGCAUCCAUCCUCAAAUACCCAAUGUACAAUGCACCACCACCACCACCACCGACAAAUAACUGCUCUGAUUAUAAAAACCGAUUUUAUCCGGCUCUUCGGCUUUUUCUCAGGGCUGCACCUUUAGUUGAUAUUCAGUUAUCCCAUCUGCCAAAAAACUCUGUUAGUGCCAGUUACAAAAUAGGUAUCUUUGGAACUCGUAAAGCUAAACAGGGGGCAGUGGAAGAUGCGAAAAAUGAUAUUAAUUCGGCUUACAACAGUAGCUGUGCUUUUGUUGGUCACGACGGUUGUGUUCUGUUCCGAUCACCAUCAUCGCCAGCUCGUCGCCGCUCUCGUUCCCGUCGACGCAGUCGUUCACGUUCACCACGACGAAUCAGCCGCUAUUCGCCAAUAAGACGAAGCCGGUAUAACGAUGGUCGUGAUAAUCCGGAACCAUGUUCAUGUCUUGGUGUUUUUGGCAUGUCACUCAAUACAACUGAGCGCGAUCUGAAGCGAAUUUUCGGAGAAUAUGGAGAAAUUGAAUCGGUUCAACUUGUGUACGAUCGUUACAGUGGCCGUUCACGUGGUUUUGGCUUCGUUUACUUUGAAACUACGAAAGAAGCAAUACGAGCAAAAGAUCAUCUUCGUGAUGCUGUCAUUGAUGGAAUGCGCGUUCGUGUUGAUUUUUCUGUAACCAAAGGAGCUCCGAGAUAGGGACGUUCACCUCGUCGUUCUCGAAGCCGCAGUGUGGACAGUUAUCGCAGACGUCGAUCGCGUUCUUAA